CGUCUUCUCCAGCAUUUUGGGCCGAAAUUUAAACGAUACUGACAUUUUCUUUCUCCUCUCAAUUAUUGACUAAAUGAAUGGCUCGUCUGGUGAAGUCUUUGCGUCAGUUUCUGGGACUGGAUUCCUCGAUCCUGCCAGUCUCGCGUUUUGCCCGCUCAAUUGAUACCGACUUUUCCUACUUUCGGGAGGGUGAUCGAGUCAUCGUCCAUGGAAAAACCCCGCAGUUAACGAAGCCUCUUCGAAAAGGACAGAAGUCGGACGUCCGCCGGGGACAGUUGGAGCAUGACCAGAUUAUCGGCCGUCGAGUUCGAGAUCUGGUCCAGGCGCGCAAAGGCCCUGAGUAUAGACUCACACUCCCAACCCUCGAAGAGUAUGUCGCCCUGACACCGCGCCUCGUCACUCCGAUAUACGCGGCAGAUGCAAAUUUAAUUGUUUCUCUCCUGGACAUUCACGUCGCACCCCCCGCCGACGGAGAUGAUGGUCGUCCACCGCUAGAAAUUCUCGAAUCCGGCACAGGUCAUGGAUCCCUCACCCUCCAGCUCGCGCGCGCAAUUCAGGCCGCCAAUUCCCUCCCACCGCUUCUUCCAGAAGAGUCUCAGAUUCAAUAUCUUCAAGGACGUCCCGGACGGCCGGGAGACGACCAACCCCAAACGAACGGACAAGGGGCGGAAGGCGACAAACCCGUGGACCAGACUCAGGAACAAUGGGAUACAUGGCGUGCUCAGCGCAAAGCCAUUAUCCAUACCGUCGAUGUCUCCCCGAAGUUCUCCGCACACGCAGAGACAAUCGUGCGCGAAUUCCGCCGCGGCAUCUACGCCGGCAAUGUUGACUUUUACGUCGGCCACGUCGAGAACUGGAUCAUGGAGCAAGUCCGUCGUCGCCAGCAGCAAACGCGGUCCAGCAACCUCCUCCCGUCUUUCAGAAAAUCCGAUACUUCCCCGGAGCCAUUCCUCACUCAUGCGAUCCUCGACAUGCCCUCCUCCCACCUGCGUAUCCCGCACGUUGCACGUAUUCUCAAACGAGACGGAAUUCUCGCAGUCUUCAUGCCCAGCGUGACCCAGAUUGGCGAAUGCGUGGACCUCAUCCGUCAACAGAAAUUGCCUUUCAUCCUUGAGAAGGCGGUCGAGCUUGGCCCGGGCAUCAGCAACGGCCGGCUCUGGGACAUUCGAUUCGCGGUGAAAAAGUCCCGCGCGGACCCGUCUUCUUGGACUGAAUCCUCCUCUGAGCCCGCAGGUGAAGAACCUGUGGAGGAAGAAACUGCAGAAGCGCAAGCAGUUGAAGAAACUCCGGCUAAAGACCCCGAAACUGCCCUGGUGUGUAGACCAAAGGUUGGCUCCCGUAUUGUCGGUGGAGGAUUUGUGGGUAUAUUCAGAAGGAUAGAGGAUUUCCAGGCGCAGUAGAUACGAUUCUGUCAAGUUGGGUUACCUUUUGGUCCUUUUUGAUCCAUAUACUACCCGUUGUGUAUUAUAGAUUUUGUGAUUACUAUAGUAGUACCUUUGUACUAGGUACUAUCUUGUACGAUACCCGGAGAUCAUCAUACAUUGAUAAAAAUUUAUUU